CGACCGUCAGAAGACAGUUCCCAUCUUCACCCAAAAAUGGGUUACAAAAAGGCAGCGAAGAUUAACCCGCCGGCAGUGGUGGUCGAUUUGUCUUCUUCUUCUUCUUCUUCUUCCCCGGCUUCUGAGGAUGAGCCACAGGGAACUCCGCUUAGAGCAGUUUUCUGCCUGAAAAAAAGGGAGCAACUGCGCGAAUUCGAUGAUAAAGAGGAGUGCUUUAUUCUGGAUUUUGAUCCUUUCGAUUCCAAACGCUCUGUUUCUGAUUAUCAGGAUCCGGAAAUGGCCGUUGUAGCAGAAAAAGGUGGUGGCAUGUAGAGAUUUUCCACACCCAAGGCAUACCUGUGUUAAGUUCCCCUUUAACACAACACCUCAUGAGAAACACUGUAAUCUGUGCUAUUGCUAUGUGUGCGAUGUUUCUGCUCCCUGUCGACACUGGAAUGGGUU